AUGACUGAGGUAAAAAACGUAAUUCUGGAGAUGACAAGGAAUAAUGUGUGUCCGACUGGAAGGACCUUCGGCAUUAUAAUCUCAGGCUACUGCAAGGAAGGCAGAAUACAGGAUGCCUUGAGAUUCGUUUACGAGAUGAAAGAUCUCGGAUUAAAGCCUAAUCUCGUCAUCUUCAAUACGUUGAUCAAUGGGUGUCUUGACGCGUCGGAUAUUAAUGAGGUUGUAGGUUUGAUGGCAAAUUUCAAUGUCAAACCGGAUGUGAUCAUGUUCAGAACUAUCAUGAGUGCAUGGAGCAAGGCCGGCUGCAUGAUCAAGUGCCGUGAGGUUUUUGAGAACAUGGUCCGGGCCGGCAUAAAGCCUGAUGUCCAUGAAUACAGCAUCCUAGCGAAGGGCUACGUGCGGGCCCAGGAGCCCGAGAAGGCAGAGGAACUCCUGGCUACCAUGGAGAAAGCCCGUGUGGGCCCGAGUGUUGUGGUCUACACAAUCGUCAUCAGUGGAUGGUGCAGCCGGGGCUCGAUGAGGUCCGCCCUUAAGGUUUUUGGGCAAAUGGUCAAUCAAGGGAUUUUCCCCGAUCUAAAGACCUUUGAAACCCUUAUCCGGGGAUAUGCAAGAAACAAGUUGCCGGGGAAGGCCAAGAAAGUUCUACGGAUUAUGGAGAAGUUUGGGGUUCGACCCGAAAAGAGCACUUUUGGGUUGAUUCCCCAAGCUUCAUGUGGGGCCAGUCUAAUCAAUGAGGCAAACCGGAUAAUGGGCUCGUCUGGAAAUUCAGGUAUGGAUCAGGAAAUGCAUGAAGAUGGCCUAGAGAGAUAUUACGAGAAGGAAGGGGUAAAUUCGUCAUUUCCGAGGCUGAGGAUACCUAGUACGGUCUUGAGGGAUCAGAAGGGAUCAGCUGGCCAGGGCAAAAGAGGUCGGAUGGUGUUGAGGGAAGCCGGAGGUUCGUGCUCAACUAAAGUUGUGAAUUUUAAGUGUCGGCAUUUGAGCGGACGAUGGCCAGUGGCUAGCCGGAGAAGUUUCGAGGGGCAGCUGUGUGUGUCUGAUCAGUUUGCACCAUGUUGUAUGCAGCUCCUUUGUUGA